AAGAACAUUCUCUUGGUCCACUAUAACUCAGUGUCCCACCUGCAUAAACUCAAAAAGGUUUUGCAGGAAGCAUCAAGUCCUGUCCCUCAAGAAACCAACAGCAGCACUGACAACAAACCCUAUAAGUGCAGCAUUUGUAAUGUUGCAUAUAGCCAAAGCUCUACAUUGGAAAUCCAUAUGAGAUCUGUGCUUCAUCAGACAAAGGCAAGGGCUGCAAAGCUAGAACCAAGUGGUAAUAUAAGUAGCGGUAAUAGCGUAGCAGGGAAUGUGAAUAGCCCUAGCCAAGGAAUGCUAGAAUCUGUGACCUUACCAGCAGUUAACAGCAAAGAAACACAUUUAGAUGCCAAAGAAUUAAAUAAAAAGCAAGCUUCUGAAUUAAUUUCUGCUCAGCCUACACAUCACCCACCCCAGUCACCAGCACAACUUCAAAUGCAGCUACAGCACGAACUGCAACAACAAGCUGCGUUCUUUCAACCGCAGUUUCUAAAUCCAGCUUUUUUGCCUCACUUUCCAAUGACACCAGAAGCACUGCUCCAGUUUCAACAGCCUCAGUUCCUUUUCCCAUUCUAUAUACCUGGGACAGAAUUUAGCUUGAGCCCAGAUCUGGGUUUGCCUGGUUCUGCCACAUUUGGUAUGCCUGGGAUGGCUGGUAUGACAGGAUCGCUGCUUGAAGAUUUGAAGCAGCAGAUACAAACUCAGCACCAUGUUGGCCAAACCCAGCUACAGAUACUGCAGCAACAGGCACAACAGUAUCAGUCCACCCAACCCCAACUUCAGUCCCAAAAGCAGCAGCAGCAAAGUAGUAAGCUGAUGAAAGCAGAGCAAAAUACCUUAGUAAGUACAGACUGCCAGCUGAUAAAGGAUAUGCCAUCAUAUAAGGAGUCAGAAGAAGUUUCUGAAAAACAUGAGAAGCCAAAGCAAGAAUUUACUAAUGAGAAUGAAGGACUAAAAGAAAGCAAAGAUAUGAAGAAGCCAAAAUCCUCAGAACCAGCCAUCCCACCACCCAGAAUAGCUUCUGGAGCAAGGGGGAAUGCAGCCAAGGCUUUGCUGGAGAACUUUGGGUUUGAGUUAGUUAUCCAAUACAAUGAGAACAGACAAAAAGUGCAGAAAAAAAGCAAGACUGGGGAUGGUGAAAACACAGACAAAUUGGAGUGUGGAACCUGCAGUAAGCUUUUUUCCAACAUUCUUAUUUUGAAGAGUCAUCAAGAACAUGUGCAUGGACAUUUUUUUCCAUACGGAGCAUUAGAAAAAUUUGCCCGACAGUACAGGGAGGCGUAUGACAAACUUUAUCCAAUUUCUCCAUCUUCUCCAGAAACGCCACCGCCUCCGCCACCACCUCCGCCACCACCGCCUCCUCCUCCUCCAACUCCUUCUCAGCCUUCUUCAGCUGGAGCUGGAAAAAUUCAGAACACAGCUCCCACACCUUUGCAGGCCCCACCACCUACACCUCCACCACCGCCUCCUCCACCACCGCCUCCGCCUCCUCCACCACCACCACCAUCAGCCCCACCUCAAGUCCAGCUUCCCGUUUCACUUGAUCUCCCACUUUUCCCUCCAAUUAUGAUGCAGCCAGUGCAACACCCUGCACUGCCUCCUCAGCUUGCCCUCCAGCUGCCACCAAUGGAUACUUUAUCUGCCGAUCUUACCCAGCUUUGCCAGCAGCAGCUGGGAUUAGAUCCCAAUUUCCUGCGGCACUCUCAGUUCAAGCGUCCACGUACAAGAAUCACAGAUGACCAGUUAAAAAUCUUGCGGGCUUAUUUUGAUAUUAACAAUUCUCCAAGUGAAGAGCAGAUCCAAGAAAUGGCUGAGAAAUCUGGUCUUUCACAGAAAGUUAUCAAGCACUGGUUUCGAAAUACACUGUUUAAAGAACGACAGAGAAAUAAGGAUUCGCCGUAUAAUUUCAGCAAUCCUCCUAUAACAGUAUUGGAAGAUAUUAGAAUAGAUCCUCAACCUUCAGCUGUAGAACCCUACAAGUCUGAUGCAUCUUUCAGCAAGAGGUCAUCCAGGACUCGGUUUACUGACUACCAGCUUCGUGUCCUCCAAGACUUCUUUGACACAAAUGCUUAUCCAAAGGAUGAUGAAAUCGAACAGCUUUCAACUGUACUUAACCUACCUACUCGAGUUAUUGUCGUAUGGUUCCAAAAUGCACGACAAAAAGCUCGCAAAAGUUACGAGAAUCAAGCUGAAACUAAAGACAAUGAGAAGAGGGAACUGACGAAUGAGCGUUACAUCCGAACCAGUAACAUGCAGUAUCAGUGCAAAAAGUGCAGUGUGGUUUUUCCCAGGAUCUUUGAUUUAAUUACACACCAGAAAAAGCAGUGUUAUAAAGACGAAGAUGAUGAUGCUCAAGAUGAAAGCCAAACUGAAGACUCUAUGGAUGCCUCUGAUCAAACAGUGUAUAAGAACUGUACAGUUUCUGGCCAAAAUGACUCAUCAAAAAGCUUGACAGUCACAGCAGCAAGCUCUGGCUCUGGUUCUAGUACUCCUUUGAUUCCAUCACCCAAACCAGAACCUGAGAAGGCUUCUCCUAAACCUGAGUCCACAGAAAAACCAAAACAAAAUGAAACCACCUCUAAGCAAACAGAUGCAACUUCCCAAAGCGCCAAACCAGUACAGUCUACUCCAGUAACAUCUUCUGACCCUCAGCCCUCAGCUUCUCAACCACCGCAACAAAAGCAACCCCAGAUUGUAGGGAGACCUCCUUCUGCAUCACAAAACACACCUGUUCCUUCCAGUCCUUUGCCAAUUUCAAUGACUUCUCUACAGAACAGUCUACCUCCUCAGUUAUUACAGUAUCAGUGUGAUCAGUGUACAGUUGCCUUUCCAACUCUAGAACUUUGGCAAGAGCACCAGCACAUGCAUUUCCUAGCAGCUCAAAACCAAUUUCUUCACUCACAGUUUUUAGAAAGACCAAUGGAUAUGCCCUACAUGAUAUUUGACCCAAAUAAUCCUUUGAUGACUGGACAGUUACUUAACAGUUCUCUUGCUCAGAUGCCACCACAAACUGGCUCAUCACAUACAGCACACCCUGCUACAGUUUCUGGUUCCCUGAAACGGAAACUAGAUGAUAAAGAAGACAAUAACUGUAGUGAGAAGGAGGGAGGAAACAGUGGAGAAGAUCAACAUCGUGAUAAGCGUUUAAGAACUACAAUUACUCCAGAGCAGCUGGAAAUACUCUACGAAAAGUACCUGCUAGAUUCCAAUCCCACCAGAAAGAUGCUAGAUCAUAUUGCACGUGAAGUGGGACUGAAAAAGAGAGUCGUACAAGUCUGGUUUCAGAACACAAGAGCCCGGGAAAGAAAGGGACAAUUCCGUGCAGUUGGUCCAGCCCAGUCCCAUAAAAGAUGUCCUUUUUGUAGAGCUCUGUUUAAAGCAAAAUCUGCUUUAGAAAGUCACAUCCGCUCUCGACAUUGGAACGAAGGAAAACAGGCCGGCUAUAGUUUGCCUCCAAGUCCUUUGAUAUCAAAUGAAGAUGGAGGAGAAAGUCCACAAAAAUACAUAUUUUUUGAUUACCCAUCACUGUCAUUAGCAAAAACUGAAUUAUCAAGCGAAAAUGAAUUAGCCUCCACUGUAUCAACCCCUGUUAGCAAAACUGCAGAAAUGUCCCCGAAGAACCUUUUAAGUCCUUCUUCUUUUAAAGCAGAGUCUAGUGAGGAUAUAGAAAAUUUGAAUGCCCCUCCUGCUGACUCUGGAUAUGAUCAAAACAAGACUGACUUUGAUGAGACUUCAUCAAUUAAUACAGCAAUUAGUGAUGCCACAACAGGGGAUGAGGGGAACAAUGAAAUGGAAAGCACAACUGGCAGUUCAGGGGAUGCAAAGCCCGCAUCACCCCCCAAAGAACCAAAACCGCUUGUGAAUGACACACUACCAAAAGCAGCAACUACACCUACAAAUGAGAAUACUGAUGAUAAAUUUCUCUUUUCCCUAACAAGCCCUUCAAUACACUUCAGUGAAAAAGAUGGUGACCAUGACCAAAGUUACUACAUUACUGAUGACCCUGAUGAUAAUGCUGACCGCAGUGAAACUUCAAGCAUAGCUGAUCCAAGUUCACCUAACCCAUUUGGAGCUAGCAAUCCCUUUAAAUCCAAAAACAGUGAUCGGCCAGGCCACAAACGUUUCCGAACACAAAUGAGUAACCUUCAGCUUAAAGUUCUCAAGGCUUGCUUUAGUGACUACCGGACUCCAACCAUGCAGGAAUGUGAAAUGCUAGGGAAUGAGAUUGGUCUGCCUAAACGUGUGGUUCAGGUCUGGUUUCAGAAUGCCCGGGCUAAAGAAAAGAAAUUCAAAAUUAACAUAGGGAAGCCAUUCAUGAUAAAUCAGACUGGACCUGAUGGGACAAAGCCAGAAUGUUCUCUGUGUGGCGUGAAAUAUUCUGCACGUUUGUCCAUAAGAGAUCAUAUCUUUUCCAAACAACAUAUUACAAAAGUGAGAGAAACUGUGGGAAGUCAGCUAGACCGGGAGAAAGAUUAUUUAGCUCCUACAACGGUUAGACAGCUGAUGGCACAGCAAGAAUUGGAUCGCAUAAAGAAGGCUACUGAUGUGCUAGGAUUAACAGUACAGCAGCCAGGCAUGAUGGACAGCAGUUCUCUUCAUGGUAUCAGUUUGCCAGCAGCUUAUCCAGGACUCCCUGGCCUUCCUCCUGUUCUUCUGCCUGGAAUGAAUGGUCCAUCCUCCUUACCUGGAUUUCCACAAAGUUCAAACAAGAAAGAACCUGAAUGUGAAUGAAGAGACUAUUCCUGUGGCACUGCUUUUAAGAAAUCAUGGAUUCCAGCCUGAAAACAUGGGCACCCAGAAGUUUGAGCUCCUUUGCUUAUUCUAACAGUCACAGGAGGGAAACCAUGCAUGGAUUCUGCCUGGGAAAGAAAUGAACUGGAGAAGCAAUAAAGAAAUAGAGAGCAUGCUGGGGCACCCACAGAUCCUUCUGCAGCACCAGUGAUGUCAAAGUUGAAACUGAUGCUGCUUUUAUGACUCCCUAAUUCUAUGAUGUCUUUUUUUAAUGUGGGUUAGUGGAAGAAGGCAGCAUGCAUCCUGUCUGUUUUUAUCUACUAUUGAGCUCAGUGACACUGAACAAUCUGAGAAUACUUGCAAUACAUGGAGAAUACUUACCAUGUGAAAUGCAUUUGAAAUUACUUUAGAAAUUAACUCUCUUUGGCUGUUUAUACUCUCUGUGGUUGUUUAUAAAUACACUCAGUUGGGCUCAAGCACUCAAAGCCAUCUUCCUAUGAUGGGUAGUGAAUUUACUAACAUAGAUGGGAACUGUGCCAUGUAUACUGGCCAGAGUACCAAAAAACCCAGACAAAGUUUAGUUUUCUGGUGUAGUAUAGUGUAGCUGUUAAACGUUGAACUCCUAUAUCUGAUCUGGUCAACAAAAGUUAAUUGGAUCUGUAUUUUCCUGUUUUCUCAAACUUUGUUCAAAUUUUCUUUAGGACUUUCACCAUUCAUUUUCAACAUCAAAUUACAUACUAUUUUUUUGGCUACAGAUACAAGCUAAGGCACUGAGGAAGUACACAUUGAAACACCUUCAAUCAUUUACCAGCAGUUCUGGAUAAACAGGGAGGUGUCUGUUCAGUGGAGGUUGGCAAAUGUGACACAACUCCAAGAAGGGACAGAAAAAGGACCUGGGGAAUUACAGGUCAGCCUGACCUCAAUGCCAGGGAAGAUCAUGGAGCUAAUCAUCUUGAGUGCCAUCCCAUGGCAUGUGCAGGACAAUCAGAGCAUCCCAGCCUGCAUGUGUAAAAGGCAGGUCCUGUUUGACCUUGUCCCACCUGCUGAUGCAGCCUCACCUUGAGUCCUGUGUGUAGUUUUGGGUGCUACAAUAUGAGAAAGACAUGCAGCUGUUAGAGAGUGUCCAAAGGAGGGCAAAAAAGAUGGUGAAGGGCCUUGAGGAGCAGCUGAGGUAACUUGGUCUGUUCAGCCUGGAGAAGAUGACACUGAUGGGAGAGUUAGGGGAAGACACCAAUAUCUUCCCUCUGGUGGCAAGUGACAGCUGGCUAAACAUGAGCCAGCGGUGUGCCUGGCUGACCAAGAAGGCUAAUGCCAUCCUGGCUUAUAGCAGCAAGAGUGCGGCCAGGAGGACAAGGGCAGCGAUCGUUCCUCUGUAUUUGGAACUGGUGAAGCCACACCUCAAGUUCUCUGCUCAGUUUUGGGCCCUUCACUACAAAAAAAGACACUGAAGCCCUGGAGUGUGUCCAGAGAAAGGCAACAGGCCUGGUGAGGGGACUGGAGCCCAAGUCUUAUGAGGAGCAGCUGAGGAAGCUGGGGUUGUAUAGCCUGAGGGAUAGGAAAAAAAGAGCACCUUUUUGAUCUCUACAACUCCCUGAAAGAAAGCUGUGGCAAGGUGGGAUGGAGGGGUAGUCUCUUUGCCUGAACAACAACUGAUAGGAUAUAGGAACUGGCCUCACGUUGCACCAGGAGAGGCUUAGAUUGCAUAUUACGAAAAACUUCUUUAUGGAAAAGGUUGUCAAGCACUGGAACAGUCUACCCAUGGAAGUGGUUGAGUCAUCAUCCUAGAGGUAUAUAAAAUACCCGUACAUGUGGUACUUGGGGACAUGGUUUGGUGGUGGAUUUGACAGUGGUAGGGCAACGGUUGCACUUGAUGAUCUUACAGGUCUUUUACAAAUUAAACAAAUUCUUUGAUUCUAUGAUUCUAGAUUGGAUCUCGCUGGUUUUAGUUCAUUGAUUCACAGGUUUAGAGGAAUGUUCUCUCUAUGUUAUGUUAAGAAUAGUAGCAAUGGGGAAAACAAAAUGGGAAAUAGAAGACUUACAGAAAGACUUAAAGCUGUAUAGAACAUUUACCUGCUUACUUAAUCAGUGCAUUUUGCUACUAUCAGCUUCUUCUCUAUGGGCUAAAUUCAGCUCCAUCUUGGAGAUAUCAAUAAAAUUAAUUUCUCCUCCUGGAAAAAAAAAAUCUCUUUCUGGUUCCCGCUGCUUGCCAGCUACUUUUCUGGUUUCUCUGCUUCAAACUUUCUCCAUACCUUUUCACUUUCAUCUUAAUAUAUUCCUUUGUCUCCUUUCCCUCCUUCAGCUAUCAGAAUUGAAUUUUGUAUCUACAUAAGUUAAUGCAGUGGAAAUAUAGUAGGAUGGAUUAUAUAUGUUAUACAGAAUAGAAUUAAACAAAAUUGCACACACUAGCAAGAAGUAGUUUUUAGGUCUAUCCUUUAUUUCUGGCUCAUUGUGAAAAAAUAGACUUGAAUUAACCAGUUAAUUACUAGUUCUUAGAAAAAUAAACUAUUUUUUCUUUUAAAAAAAGGAAGAAAAAAGGCAAGUUUGUUGGACAAUGAAAAUUAGUGGCUGAUUUCUACAGGAAACUUCUAUACUUUGAAGUAUUAAACAAGAAUGAAAGAAUGGAAGAAUGAAAAAAAAAAAAAACAAGAGAGAAGAAAUGAAGGAGAAGAGAAAGAAUGAAGAAAAGAAGCAGAGACAACUAUGUAACCCAGUUACAUUUUGUUUAACCUCAAAGGAAGAUUUUGCUCUCCUGCAAGUUAUUCACUUAUGCACUUGCUAUGAAAUCAGCAUUGUGAGUAAGUUGAUAGCCUGUACAGGGAAGGAAAGAAUGGCAAGCUGAUUACUUUAUGGUUAUUUCACAAAACUGAUGAGACAGCAAAUGAUAUUCAAUCCUAUUAAAAAGACUAAGCACAGCCUUUUUUCCACCCUUGAAAAAAAUUCCUACAUUCCUUGUGCUGGGAUUGGAUGAUAUGAUUCUACAAUUCAGGGAGUCUGCAGAACAUCUGCAAUGAAAUUGGUUUUCUGUGGAAAACUGAUGAAUCACUUACUGCCAAUGACUGCAAGGAAAAGUACUUGUUUAUGCCCUUAUGUAAUGAAUUUUUAUGUGGUGAAGUUUGCUGUUUAUAAAAAAUAUACUUUCAGUUGCUGCAGAUGUAAAAUAAUAGAAUUGAGAAUUUAGACCACCACAUUACUGAAAAGGCAGUCACGAACAGAAUAUCAUUGUCUACUUACAAAAUGCCAAAAAGGGGCUUUUACUUCUGUAAUAGAAUUAAAAUUUUCAUCCAUUCCAUAAGGUCUUACAAUACAAGAGAACAAAAGAAAAAGCAAGGACAAUAUUAACAGUUACCUUUGUUAAUGUAUUUUAAAAUAAAAUUAAUGCUUCUACCAAAAAAUACAUGCUCUACUUCAAAAAGUAGAUCUAAUACAUCAUGCUCAUGAGCAGUUCCUGAGAAAGCAAGCAGAGUCUCUCUGUAAUAAUGGAAAAUCAGUUACAUGCUUUUCCUUGAAUAUCCUCCAACAACCUCUUUAAAGCAUGAGUUAAAGUAAUAGCUUAGGUGUAAGAACUAACCAUUUCACUGUGAAAAUCAACCUUUCACAAUCAUAGGUAUCUUAAGAGAGUUUUAUGCCAGCAAAUUAAUUAGUGGAGCAAAUUUUAAGAAUUACCAAACUGUUUUAUGCUUACAUUCAGCAAGAGUUGAAUUUGAUUGUUACAAUCUUUUAGUUUCCUUUAGAAUCUUGAAAGAUUUCAGUGAAGUAUUUCACAGCUUGAAUGUUACUUCUUUUUUGAUCCUGUUGUGUACUUCCAGGAAUAGCUGUAGGUGACUGGAAAUGUGCAGUAUCUAUUCUUAAUGACUAAUGCAUUUUGCAUUUCUGCAGCAAAAGCUGUUUUGCUGUGUGUGUGAAAAACUUUCAAGUGCCAUUUUCCUUAUACUUCUCAUCUCCUUGUCCUGAUAUCUAUAUUGGUUCUGCAAGUAUGGAUAAUGCACCAGUUUUUCUUGGAUCAAUUUAUAUUUUUAUGAAGUUGGGUUUUUGUGGCACUAAGCAAUGAUGCAAUGAGCAACCUGCACUUUUUUGUGCCUUGCCACUCUACCACCUUGGAAAUCGUUGCAGGGUGACUGCUGUUGCUGCUAUCAGUCACAGGGAUUGUGAAAGGAUGCAAGAGACAGCAUGCUGCAGGUCCAUCUAUAUCUUCUGUAAUGGCCAGAGUUUGCUUAAACCUGGAAACAACCAGCCAAACACUGGACUGGUACCCUGUUUCCCACAACACAUAUAAUAGAAGCCGUGCCACUUGGCUAACUACCCAUCUCAUGCUUGCAUCUGCAGCAUGCUCUGACCAUUCAGGCAUUGCUUUUGAAGAAUUACCACACACCACACGGGACCAUUUUGUCCUCAGUAUAUGGAAUGAAGAGGAGUAAGUGCACAGUUUUUUCAUACAACAGGCCCUCUGAAAUGCUCACAUUGUCUACCCUGCAGCCACAUUCCUCUAGAGCUCUGAUUCUUGUGUCCAGCACCUGCCUCCAGUUUUUCUCUAUUCUUAUCCUUUUUAAUACAGAGAAAUCAGGGAUAGGCUGUCAUUAUUGGUAGUGUAGCAGUCAUGGAGAUGUUAGAGCCUUUACGAAAAGUAUCCUGAAGCAAUGGUCAUUAUUUUGAACCAUGUGACUAUUAGGUGGAACAAUCCAUGGGAUCCACAAUCUUUGGUAGCAGCCUGCAUCAAAAGAGGCUGGGGUUAGAAGUUAUCAAUAAAUACUGCACAUACAUCAUAGAAGCUUUUAUUAAUUACAGAGACACUGUUUAGUGGCUAUGGUAGCUAGUCAUGAGAAACUUACCUAUUUAAGUGCAAACAGACACAAAAGCAUUUUAAGAAAAGCUUAAUUAGCCCUGGGUCUGCAUUAUGCACACUGCUUCUUAUGCCUUGUCAUAAGCCACACAUCUCUACCCAGGUAAUUGUCUCUCACAUAGUAUGUUCGUAGUUUCUGUUGUAGUUUAAUGCAUCUGAAAUUAAGAUGAAGAUCACCAGUGACAAACCAGAAUAUCAUCCAUCCAGAAUACCAAGCCUGUUGUCCCUUACUGCACCAUGCACAACCAUGAAUUAAGACUAUGUAUUAAAACUGGGUACAACAGGAGAGAAUUCAUUCAGAGUAACCACAUAACAGGCAGCAGACCUCAAUAAAACGGGACAAGUUUCAAAACUCUUUGCAAGUCUUCAGAGGUAAUACAUAUUCCCAUGUAAGAGUCAGUAGUGCCACAGAUGCAAUUUACUGUCUUUGCCUGCUGCAACAGGCAGGCACUCUCCUAGGGGCCUAUCCCCAGGCAGUGCCCUAGCUCUAGGCAGAAAACCCUGAUCCUUUCUGCACCCUGUCUUCAGGCCACAAAGGAGAACUAACUACAGAGAGUAGGCAAGCAAUCUUGUUAGAGAAUCGGGUACCUGAAGACUUCUACUGAACCUGUAAGAUUUUUUCCAUUAAGGCAAUGUAUCCCCAAGGAUUAUUCUUGACACAGCUAUUGCAUCAGAGGUAUCCCUGCCAAUUGCACAAUCCGGAGAUGCUAUCUAGGGUUAUUUCCUUGUACAGUGUGUCCUGAAGGACUAUUUAGGUAAGGGCUUUAAGCAAGAUGGCGCACCAGCUAUUGGCAAGUCACUAAAUACUAGGGAACAUGAUGGGAUGUUUUGGGCACAUUAAUGGAAGUUGCCAGUUCUGCAGUCAAGAAGUUAGAAAGAAGAUUGCAACGAAUACAGAAAAUGGCAGAAGAGGGAGGAGUCAGCUUUUUGCCCUCUCCCAAGCUAUUCCAACAUGCUUCGUUUUCCUUUACAGCCCUUCCAAUAUAGCCUAAUGGAGAGCAUUUAUAAGACUCAUAACCUUUUUUCUCCCUGAAAUAUCCUUGAAACAUGUCCCUCAAAGUAGACAGAUAUGAGAUGAAUGGUAGCACACUGGCCAACUUUAUCACACUUUGCACCAGUUUGUUCUCUUAGGAGACCCAAGAUCAGAAAGAUAUGUAGAUGAGGAUUUUGUACUUAUUAAAAACUGCCUGCAAUACAUAGAACUACCUGCACUGUCGGGUCUGCUGCCCACCCAGGGAUGCCAGAUGUGGGGUUUCCUGCCCACCCAGGGAUGCCAGAUGUGGGGUUUCACGUCCCAGAUUGUGGUGACCCCAAAAGAUGGAAAAGUCUCUCCUCCAACCCGUGCCU